AUGGAGCGUAUUCAAGAGUUGAUCGAAGAGGAAGGCAACGAUCCUAUUGCGUGCGCCUUGACGGAAGAAAACGGAAACCAGUCGCGGUGUUCUGAACAACCCCAGCUCUUACCAUGUUACUUCUUCGACUAUAUGGUAGGCACGAGCACAGGAGGCCUCGUUGCCGUCAUGCUAGGGCGACUCAGGAUGAGUGUCGAUGACGCAAUCAAGGCAUAUUGGACCCUUGGAAACGACAUAUUUCGACCUCGUCUAUAUCGAUAUUUUCGGCUCCAUGGUGCAGAAAGAUUGGAGAAGGCAGUCAAACGAGUCACACAACAAAAUUGUGGCAGCCAUGGGAAGGGGGAACAAUGUUCAGGAGUUAGUGAUCUUCUAAGGCAAUACGACUACGCGGAGGAGGGUGACACUACUUUCCGGGAACAUCCUGAGCGUCAGAAUUUUACGUGCAAAGUCUAUAACCACAGCGAACGGUUCGAAAAAGAGCCCAAAGAAUACAAUCCCGGCCUUUUGGGUCGCUCGAACACCAAAAUAUGGCAGGCCUGCCGCGCAACAUCUGCAGCACCCUUCUACUUCGACAGCAUUAGUAUCGGGCCUAACGAGUUCAUCGACGGCGGCGCCGGUAACAACAACCCCAGCAACAUCGCUUGGAAUGAAGCUCUGUGGAUGUCAAACCCCCUUGACCCUGUCAAGGGCAGAGUUGCUGCGUUGGUCAGCCUCGGCUGUGGCGAAAAAGAGUCCAUAGGCCUGUUUGGCAGCCCAUGGACUCUCCGCUUUCUCAUCAACUUCGUGAAACGCGCGAAAGGGGAGGUAACCAACACAACAAUUGCUCAUGAUGAGACACGCGGCCUUGCUCAACAGAGUGGCUCGGACUACUUUAGGUUCUCUGUUCCGCACACUGAGAGCGGUCGCUUCCAAAAUGGUCUCGCAGGGGUGAGCCUUGGUGACUGUAAGCGGGAGCCAAAGAAGAGUGCGUGGAAUUCAAUCAAGAAGCAAAUGAAACCAGUCAAUAAGCAAGGUUCCUGGCCUUCCCUACACUCUGAAAGGAUCGCUGAUCGGCCGGGAUGGUAUGCCCAACUGCAAAAAGAGGCUACACCGCAAAGACCGCACCGCAAGAAGGGCGACUUCAAACCCGACAAAUACACUUACACGUCUUAUGACACCAUAUUCGACGGUACGGCGGCAUAUUGUGCGUCUGGGGAGGAAAAUCUGGGAGUGGCAGAGGAGAUUAACAGGUGCGCUGUCGUUCUGCUGAGUCGCGCACGAGAUCGCCAGAGACAUGACCCUGAAAGAUGGAAGUGUUUUGUGAGCCACCCAUGCCCACACCACCGAUUACACUUGGUAUCAAGUAGACGACCAAGAAAAGCGGAAUAUAGAUCAUCUGUAGGUGGAUGA